AUAUCUCCGAUUGACGGAUACGACCUGGUCUACAAGGCAGCGCAUUUGGAAGUACAAGUGCAGAGAUGAUGAGAUCAUUUAUUUGUAGGUUUGUGUAGAAUAGAAUCUUUGCUGACAUUUGUUAGCGGGAAUAUGAAUCAAUGUUUAUGAAAUACUGAAAUAGUCUAGACAGUAUAAGACUGGUGGGGAAACAGUUGUCAUAAUGGCGGAAGAUGGCGACCAGGUUCCGGCUAUUACUGUUAAGGAGCCUCUGGAUCUAGUUCGCCUAAGCUUGGAUGAAAGAAUUUAUGUCAAGAUGAGGAAUGAACGAGAGCUUAGAGGAAGGCUUCAUGCUUAUGAUCAGCACCUCAAUAUGGUACUGGGUGAAGCGGAAGAAACUGUAACCACUGUAGAAAUUGAUGAAGAAACAUAUGAAGAAGUUUAUAAGACAACAAAGCGGAACAUUCCUAUGUUGUUUGUUAGAGGUGAUGGUGUAAUUCUUGUAUCCCCUUUGAUAAGAUCAGGUUAAACAUUGGUGUAUGCCUUGUAUCGUGUUUGAGCAAAUGAUAUGCCAUAAACCUUAUUGCCAAAAUAAAAAGAUCGUAUUGUUGUUACCGGAGUAAAUUUCUAAUGUAUUUCAGUUCUCUGCGUGGAUAUUCCAAAGACAUAAAUAUGUAUCAUGAAAAUUUCACACUGUCAAACUAUUGCAUACAUUAUAUAGUAAUAUUUUCUUUGCUACAGUGUAAUUUGGAAGUUUCUAUCUGAAAAUGCAGAUAAUAAAUAGUGUGUUGUAUGAUUACA